GAAAGAAGUGAAAUGCUAAUGGUAUUGUUUCACAAUGAUGUCAUUAGGCAGAGCAGGCAACAGAUGGCACACAGACAGCUGAGUUGGGGACAGAUAUGCAGGGACAGACUGGCAGAGACAGGGAGUCUCAGGAGUCAGACUGUGAGUCAGUGAGGGUGGUGAAAGGGAAAGAGCCAAGGAGAGAGACUUCAGAGGACAGUGUCACAGCCACGGCAGGACCAGGUGUCACCCUUGUUGCCAGCAGCACCAGUAUAGGGGACAGUGGCACAGCAUCGUCCAGUUACCUCAGUGAUGGCACAAAACCAUAUCAGCCACACCCACAAUUUAUAGAACCGCAAACUCUUGCCAACAGAGUGUUGACGUUUCAAGAGAGAUGGUUUCGCGAUUUCCCCUGGCUACAUUAUAAUCCAUCAAUAAAAGGAGUGUUGUGUUUUCACUGUAGCCAAGGGUUUUCAAGCCAGCCAUCUUUUGGCCAAAGAGCAGAUGCUCCCUUCAUUAGUGCAGGAUUUAGGAACUGGAGAAAAGCCAUUGAAAAAUUCACAGCACAUCAAAACUGCCAAACCCACCGCCACUUUGUAACUGUAACAGCACACCAGCUAAAUCCAAUCAGUGUCCAGUUAUCCAGCGCGUGGGGUAAACAGCAGGAGGACGCAAGGCAUUGCUUGAUGAAAAUUGUUAGUUCGGUGCGGCAUGUAGUAAGACAGGGACAAGCCUUUAGAGGCCACACGGAUGACAGUGGGAAUUUAUACCAGCUUUUGAAACUCAGGGCAGAAGAGGAUGAUGCCAUUUUACUGAAGUGGUUAACAGAGCGUACCACAAUGUACACAGGCCGCAAAGCACAGAAUGAAAUUCUGAACAUCAUGGCCAAUACAGUCAUUCGAGGCAUUGCAGCUGAGAUUAGGUCUCUUCCGAUUGUACAAUUUUCAUUAAUUGUUGAUGGUACUCAAGAUGUCUCUGGUGCUGAACAGGAGAGUGUCUGUCUGCGUUAUGUUGACCAUGACCUUGUCCCUCACGAGGACUCGCCUGUUGUCUCCGACACCCUGUCUCUGGUAUGCAGGCUGCAGUCGAGUGUGUGCGGUCAUCUUUUAGGGGCAAGAGAAAUGACGAAAGCUACCUUGCACUGUAUGAGAAAGCAACAACUUUGAUUGACUCUAUUGAAUCCAUUGAAUCCAUUGAGACGCACUCAAGACGAUUUGCUGGCAAAGCAGUGGAUCACUAUAGGGCAGAAUUUUUUUAAGUGUUGGAUGGUGUGGAGGUUCAGUUUGGCGACCGUUUUGACCAGGACAGUCUAAACGUCCUGCAAAAGUUGGAAAGAGCGCUUCUCACGGGCGAGUUGGAUGAGUCUCUAGAUCAGUACCCUGAGCUGAACAUAGAUUCUCUUUCAGUGCAGAUCCCUCUCUUUCACAACAAAUACCCCUGUAGCAGCAGUUGAGAGGCAGCAGAGGUCCUCAGGAGGCUUCCAGUGGAGGUGCGGGGGUUGUUUGACCAAGUUGAGGUGCUGAUCAGAAUUUUGUUUGUGGUGCCAGUGUGUUCAUGUGAGGCUGAGAGGAGUUUCAGUGCACUCCGCAGGUUAAAGACUUGGCUACGGGCCAGCAUGGGCCAAGAGAGACUGAACGGCGUAGUUGUCUGUAAUGUACAUAAAGACAGGCUGGACAGUCUCAAGAGGGAAAAUAUCUGCCAGCAAUUUGUUGGAUCCAUUGAAACCCGCAAACAUAUGUUUGGUUCUUUUGUUCAGUAGUGUGUAUAGCAGUGGUUCUCAACCUUUUUUGGGUACUGGAACCCCUGCAUAUUUUGAGGCAAGGCAGGCAAGGUUUUGAGCGGCCCUCAGGGACCUCCACCCCCUCUAUAUUAUAUGUAAACUUACUGGAAACCUUGUGGUACUGAAUACGUUCAUUACACUUUAUUUUAUUUCACGGACACCUUGCAAUUAGUCCAUGGAUCCCUGUUUGAGAA